UUCUUAACCCGUCACCACACGAAGGAUACAUUUUUAAUAUAUUUAAGUAUUUUGAAAAUUCCUACAAACUGUCUUUUCUUGAAACGAAAAUGAUUAAAAAAUAUGUAAAUAUACCUAAGCAUUACUAUGUAACUACUAAAAAAUUCAGGAUAAACAAUAAAACACAAUCUUAUUAACAACUGUCAAUGUUUUCAAAUCGCUGUCAACUGUACAGUGUACAUUUAAUUGUGAAAUUAUAAUAACAAUUUCAAAUAUAAGAACAUUUUUAUGUUUAGUUAUGUCACAACAAAGCAUUUGAGGUCAUUUUUUAAUUAAGGUUUUUAAACCCAUCAAACACGAAAUCUCAAUUAGGUAAUGUGUCAAAGUAAAAACUAGGUAGCCAGUCAUUUCUUAAUAUAAACAACAAAUCAGAUAAAUAUUUCUCUCUUUAGUCUUAUAACAAUUCAAAAUUAUAUUGAACUGAAUUUAUUCAUUAAAUAAAUUAUAAUUGGUAUUAGGUAUUAUAAGAUUUUUUGAAGGAUUAAAACAGAUAAUCAGUUAUAAAACUGUGAAAAUAUGAUGAAAGUGGUUCAAAUUGUUAUUAUUUCCUUUAUAUCAGUAAAUGCAGUGGAAUAUUCAAGAGAAACUGAAGGCUAUUCAGAAGGAUUCAUUCCAGAUUGUCCCGGCGCAUCAAAACCAGCUGUAGUAAGGCCUCCAACUCUGAAGAAACUCAUAAUUUCCGUGGUCGGAAAACACGGGAACAUAACAGGAUCGUACAAUUACUAUCACAUGCACAAUCUAGCCAAGAAUUCUGACAUAGACUUUAGCAAGAAGACGUUUAUGUACGUUGGCGGGUAUUUGGAUUCGACCACUUGGCAGACUGGGAGGAUUUUGGGCCAAGUGUAUAAGAAGCAUGGGUAUAAUGUUCUUGUACUGGAAACAUUGGAGUUUACAGCUACAGUGUAUCCUAUCGCUGUUCGCCACAUGUACCCAAUCGGUAGACACGCAGCAGAAAUGUUGGUAACUCUAAAAGAAUAUGGACUGGAUCCAAAACAGUUGGAACUCGUUGGGAUUAGCCUUGGAGGCCAUACAAUGGGUUUCAUAGCCAAGAACUAUCGACAUAUGACCGGCCAGAACAUUUCAACCCUGACUGCUUUAGAUCCUGCUGGACCUUGCUUCAGAAACGUUCCACCUGAUCAAAGACUAGAUAGAUCUGACGCUGACUUCGUCAUGGGGGUUAUUACAAAUAUGGAUGGAUCUGGCAUAUCAGUACGCAUCGGACAUGUAAUGUUUUAUGUUAAUGGAGGAGAAUACCAAUAUGGCCACUACUGGUGGCUUCCCUGCGAUGUAUCUUGCAGUCACAUAAGGUCUUACUUCCUUUGGUGGUCGGCCUUGCUACAUCCUGGUAGCUUUAUAGGGAUUCGUUGUGAUACCGUACAGAAAGCUAAGGAUGGAGACUGUUUCGAUGAAAAUCCUAUCACUAAUACAAUGGAUCUUUAUACUGAUAGAAGCAAUACUGGUUUCUAUUACCUGCGGACGUCGAACAGAUGGCCUUUUGCUUUAGGGAAGAGAGGACUGAAGAAACCAGGAAUAGACGCGUACAUGCCGAGUUCUCAACAAUUAGACGUUCCUGAUUUGUUUAAGUACAUACAUUCCGCCGCAUUUAAAUUAUAUAAUUAAAUGCAAAUAAUAAUGUCUAUGUCUAUGUCUAUGUCUACGGCUGUACAAUUACGGAAAAAGGUGUUAGAAAUUUAUCAAUAGCACAUUGAAUUUUACUUUCAGAAUCCAGAAUAGGAGGUAGAGUAAUUUGUUUAUUUUAAAUAGAACGUAGAAAUGAAAUGUAGUUAGGUAAAAAAUAAUAUCAACAUAAACAAUUAAAAGAUUAUUAUUUUAUUU